AUGCCGCUUUCCUUCUCUCGUCGCUCUCUCCUGCCUAUUCGCGGCCUUGGAACCAAAGAUAAGAAACCGCGAAGGACGCAUAACAAUACAUACCCGUUAGCAAAUAGUUCAAGGAAGAAGGACCGGAGAUGGCCUCUCGUAUUAAGAUUCUCCAAGGGCUCCGUUCACGGCGCCAUUCUCUUUCCCGUUUUCAUCCAUUCGCUCCUAGCAGGCGUUAUAGUCUUCAUAAACCAGCACAUCAACAGCAACUUCAACCUCCCAUCCAGCAUUAUCCCUUCACUGUCCAUAGUAGUAGGUCUGAUGCUGGUGUUCAGAAACCAAACAGCCUACUCCCGCUUCUGGGGCGGACGAAUGCACUUGAAUGAAGUAACGACCGCAAUCCGUUGUCUAGCCCGACAGUUCCUAGUUCUCGUCCCUGCCCCGUCCAUGGGUGGCUUAGGAGGCCUACACAAUGUUCUCUCAACCGACAGUUUCCUGCCUCAAAACAUACGGACAAAUCAAAAUCGAGCAACAGAAGGAUUAAGUAAAGCCGAUGAGCUAAAAACCAUUGAAACGGUCAAGAUCCUCAUCGCGAUGUUGUAUACGGUAAAAAAUCAUCUCAGAGCGGAAUGGGGUGUCGCGUUGAGUCCCGGGACUAGCUUGACGGCGGAUGGGCAGGAGGCAAAUACAGAGGAAUAUAAGGAUCUAUUGCCGCCAGGCAUGAAGGGGUAUGAGCACAGGGGUUUGGGGUUGACGCUUGAGCUAGCUACGUUUGUGGAGAUGUUUGUGAGGGAUGGAGUUAAGAGGGAUUGGUUCCAUAACGCCGCUUCUUCGAAUAUGCUCGCACAGCUAAAUCAACUUACUCAUGCGUACGGGAGUAUGGAAGUCAUUCGUCUGGUACCCAUUCCAGUUGCACAUUUGAUUCAUCAUAAACAAACCCUGGCUCUGUUCUGUGGCAUUCUCCCCUUCGCCAUGGCCUCCGAAAUGGACUGGUGGGCCGUCCCCCUCGUGGCCUUCGUAGCCUUCACCCUCUACGGCAUCGAAGGCAUAGCACAAACCUACGAGGACCCAUUUGGCGUUCACAAAAUCGACAUCAACAUGGAUGACAUCGUCGAAGACGCGCGCCGCGAAGUCGAAGUAAUGCUUACAGCCUGGCAAACUCAAGGGCCUACCAACAAAGGAAUAUUCCGUCCGAGGGUUGGUGAGAAUACUGCGCCGAGUUCUCCAAGGUCGGAGUAUGGCGGGGAGUUCUUUAGUGAUAUUGUGGAGUCCGGUGAGCAAGCUUCGCCGGGGACUACAAGUGGGGUCAAGUUUGUGGUUAGUGAUGCGAAUGAGUCUUCAUCGUUUAAAGAUGAGGAGAGAAUAAGGGAACGGCCGAAGAGAUUUUCGACCUCCUCGAACACGGAUUUAACGAUGCAGAGAGGCGAGAGAAGUACAAAUACACACUUUGAGACUUAG